AUGACAGGCCAUGCGAGCAAAUGCAGGAUAGGGCGAGAGGUAAAACAGGAUGGGGGGGAUUUCGCCUGUGCGUUAUGUGCCAAACACCUUAAGACACAGAGAGGCCUUUCCCAGCACCUUAGACUGGCUCACCUUGGCGCCUACCUGGAGAUGGGGCGUAAGUCCAAAGAUCCGCUGUUGCUAAGACCCCCGGGCCCGGGUCUCUCCGGCAUCCUGGAAAGGCUCAACACGCCUUUGGUGGACGUUCCAAGGGUCAAUGAACUUGUUCAAGUAAUGCGUGCCAACUGGGGUCCCCCCGGGCAAACCACCAGAGUUGGCAUAAAUAGAGAAGCAAGGAAUCUGGUGAUCAAGUUCAGGCGUAAAAUUGGUCUGACCAAGAUUACGGGCCUAAGAAGGAGCCGGAAUGCACUCCGUCUGCCAAGGAACGUCAAAGAGGCAUAUAGGUUGACCCAGGAAUUGUGGCAGAGAGACCCCCACAAAGCUGCGCAGCUUAUCCUUGAUGGUGCCCCACCGAACUGCGUGCUCACUAGGGCUACCAUCGAAGAGACAUAUAAGCGGAUUUGGUGCGGGCGCGACAGAUACAAGUCGCUGGCAGGAUUCGGAAAACUCCCGGUGACAAACAACAAAGAAUUCCAUCCAGCAGUAACUGGGUUGGAAGUGGUCCGUACCAUAAAAGGAAUGGCCAAGAGGAGUUGCCCGGGACCCGACGGGCUGCAGAGGUCCCAGCUUCUCUGUGACAGGAAGGGGCUAAAGUUGGCAAAGCUAUUCAAUGACUGGUUGAGGGCGGGGAUGAUCCCCAAAGUCUUCAAAGCAAGCAAGACAACCCUGAUCCCAAAAUCUAGAUGCAGCGAGAACCUUACGGUCAUUGACGGACUAAUAACACUGGCGAAGAAGGAAAGAAGGGAACUGGCUGUUGUGUUUAUAGACCUGGCAAAGGCGUUUGACACGGUCUCGCACCGGCUGAUUGGUGAGACGCUGACUCGGAGGGGUGUUGACCAGCUGGUGGUAAAGGUAAUCAUGGAUGGUUACAGGGGCUGUACAUCCUCAAUAAGAACUUGCGAGGGACCCACCAAGGAGAUCCCAAUCAAGUUGGGAGUCAAGCAGGGAGACCCGCUAUCCCCGCUCCUCUUCAACCUGGCGCUUGAUCCACUGCUCUACGCCCUGGAUGAUGGUAGAGCAGGAUUUGAGUUCGGUGAGGAUGCUGCCAUCGCGGAAAUGGCAUUCGCCGACGACCUUGUGCUGGUUAGUGGCAGCUGGGAGGGUAUGCGGUCCAACCUGGCAGUGUUGGACGCCUUCUGCGACAGGGUGGGUCUGGCUGUAAACCCGGACAAAUGUGUGGCGUUCCACAUUGGACAUCAAGGGCGAAAAGGGAUCCUAAACGCAUGUCCCACCUGGACCAUUAACGGCCAGCCAGUCAGGUUGCUAAAUGGGCAAGAGCAGGCAAAGUAUCUUGGGGUCGAGAUACACCCAUGGAAGGGAGUCUGCUGUCCCCCCCUGUCUCCGAAGCUCGAGAGCGGCCUUGUCAAAAUAGACAAGGCCGGGAUCAAACCGCACCAGAGGCUGGUGGUGCUGAGAUCCUACCUCCUUCCGAAGUUCCUCUAUGCCUGUGACCACUCGGGACUUUCUAGGGGAUCGCUCAGGGCCCUAGAUGCCAAGGUCAAGGUUGCAGUUAAAGGUUGGCUGCACCUGGACCGGUCUACAACAGACGGUCUACUGUAUGCCAGGUUCAAGGAUGGGGGUCUCUCAAUCCCCAGACUCGAGAGACAAGUCCCGAUCAUGAAACUGAACAGACUACUCAGGAUGAUUCACUCAGAGUGUCCAAUUACCCAUGAGAUCUCCUCACUGCUUAACCUGGAAGCCAAGGUGAGGGAGCUAUACCUUGAGCUCACAGGUAUAGUCGCACCUGAAGACCUGGGCGAUGUAGUGGCUCAAAAGCUGCGUUCCUCCAACAUGAAAGUCCUGGAGCACAACAGAUGGAAGCUCCUGAGGUCGCAGGGCAAAGGGGUUGAAGUGUUCGCCAAUGACCAAGUCUCAAACUUUUGGUUGAGGUCCAACACGGUGAUCAUGAGGUACUCGGCGGUGGCCAGGGCACCCAACGCUGACUCGAGCUGCAGGUUCUGCCAAUACCCAAAGGAGACCCUGCCCCACAUUAUAGGCAACUGCCCUGAAUUCAAAGAGAACAGGAUGUCCGCCCACAACAAGGUUUGUGGCAGACUGGGGGACCUGGCAUCGGAAAAAGGCUGGAAGGUCCUAAGGGAAGAGCAUGUCAUUGUCUCUGGAAGGACGUGGGUCCCGGACCUUAUUAUAACAAAAGAUGGCAAGGGCAUGGUCCUGGAUGUCACCAUCUGCUUCGAGCAAAGCCUUGGCACCUUGAGGGAGAAAGCUGAAGCGAAGCAGCAAAAAUACGAACACCUCAAGCCGGUACUGGAGAAAGGCCUUAAACUCUCCCAUAUGGCAGUGGAGGGCUUCCCCAUGGGUGCGAGAGGGAAGUGGCACAAAGGCAACUACAGAAUACUGGAGGAGAUGGGCUUCUCGAAGACGGCUAUGAAGCUGGAAGCGAGAAGGCUGUCGAAACUGGUCCUUGUCAAUACGAUAAGGACCCAUCCGAAUAUACAAGGCCGGAAUCAGACCUUAAGGCCUACCCACCAGCAAGGCCUUAAACUCUCCAAAAGGUGA